GCCGUCCGAUCGACUUUUUGAGUAGUGCACAUGUGUGUUACAAAAAAGCCAACAUAAAUCGAGACACAUUCAAAUGCAACAUGUCUCAUAUUGAUUCACUUUAAUUUUGUACAUUCACGUGAAUAAAUCAACUCUCGUCUGUCUCCCGGUGCGAUUGGCAAAUUAAAUUAUAAAGUAGAUUGGAAACUCGGAAAUUAAAUUUUCAGUAUGAAUUAUCCAUGGAAAUAGGAAAGCCAGCUAAAUUUCAAAAAUUAUAAUUCGCUGCUGAAUGCCAAAGUUACAGAAUGAUUAGUAACAAUUACUGACAAUUAUUUAUAGGAAACCUAAUUGGUGUUGCACCGAUCGUAAAAUUGAAUUCAAUCAGCUGAGUAACAUCUCAGUAAAACAGCCAGAAUGUGGGAAAAUGGGUUAGGUACAGUACUCAUUCCAACCGUUUCUACAAUGAUUAUUUAUGUGAUAACACUGAAUCUCGUGAGGUAUCUGAUGAAGGAUUCACACAUUCCAAUUAGAGACGUUUCCAAGAAUCAUAACUGGAAGAACAUCGAUAGAGGAAGUAAUAAGGCAUACUACUGCAGCAUCUGCGAAUCACUCCUCAUUAGCAUGGAUGGCAUUUUGUGUGACUCCUGUGGAGUUUGUGCCGAUCAAGGUUGCAUAAAAUUAGCUGAUAAGAGGCUAAAGUGCAAGGCAAUAACGUUAUCCAACGAUCAGCCGAUGUUACACCACUGGAUUAAGGGAAAUCUCCCUGCACUUGCCAUAUGCGAAAUUUGUCAAGAAGAAUGUAGUGCAGAGCCUGGACUAAUUGACUGGUCUUGCUGUUGGUGUCAAAGAUAUACUCAUGAAAAUUGCAAAUCCAAGAUGGAUGAGAUAUGCGAUUUCGGCAAGUUUAAACCCAUGAUAAUACCGCCGUAUAGUCUGGAGGUUGUAAACAGGCGGAGAGCAGUACGCAAACGUCUUCAAUUACGUUCGAUUAUUCCGCCGAUAUGGCCGAAUUGGAAACCCCUCAUCGUCGUUGCGAAUAAAAAAUCGGGAAAUAAUGAUGGAGCGGAGAUACUCUCUCUAUUUCGUCGAUUGCUGAAUCCUGCACAAGUUGUCGAUCUUUCGGAUCGAGAUCCAGUGGCUGCCCUCGAGUGGUGUCGUUUACUCGGAAAUACUCCAUGUAAUGUUCUCGUGGCUGGAGGUGAUGGAACUGUGGCUUGGCUUCUGAAUUCCAUCCAUAAGUUAAAAUUAAAGCCAAUUCCAUCAGUAGCAAUAUUGCCGCUGGGCACAGGAAACGACUUAUCUCGUGUCAUGGGUUGGGGAAAGGAGCACGACUCAAAUUUUGAUCCGACGGAUAUUUUGCAACGCAUCCAGACGGCCCAUUCGGUUCAGCUGGACAGGUGGGCGGUUACAACGAAAUGCGAUACUCGUAGUCUCGGCUUUCGUGGCGCACAACAGAGGAUGUUCAUGUAUAACUAUAUGAGCGUCGGCGUUGAUGCUCAAGUAGCUUUGAAUUUCCAUCGAACAAGAGAGAGCAGGUUUUAUCUAUUUAGCCACAGGAUAUUCAAUAAGUUAUUGUACCUGGGAUUUGGUACUCAACAAGUAGUGGAGAGAGAAUGCAAAGACCUCGACAAGAGAAUCGAAGUCUAUCUAGAUGGAGAACAAGUUAAUCUGCCAUCGGCGGAGAGCAUUGUGAUUUUGAAUAUUCCAUCGUGGGGUGCUGGAGUAAAACUGUGGGAACUGGGACUACAAGGCAAUGAAGAUAUUGGUAUGCAGAGCAUAAAUGAUGGAAAACUAGAAGUAUGCGCUAUAUAUUCGUCAUUUCACAUUGCUCAAUUGCAAGUUGGCCUCUCGCAGCCUCAUCGAUUGGGUCAAGCUAAAAUUGUCAAGAUCAAAUUGCUUGACUCUUAUGCAGUACAAAUUGAUGGUGAACCAUGGCUACAAAACCCAUGUGAAUUUGUCAUAACCCAUUGUGAUCAUGCUUCCCUGUUGAAGAGUAAUCAGAAUUAAUUAUUUUCAUCAUGGCUGUUGUGUUUUAUGAAGUCAUUUGGGCUCUUUCCUCUUGAUUAUGUUGAAUAUCGUACAAAAUUGUUUUAUAGCACCAGGGGAGUGAAAUUAUUAUUAUUUAAAAAUACUAUCAAUGCUCGUUUUGCUCUACAAAGUGAAUUCUGACAGGCAUUUAAAAAACUAGUAUGUGUUACACGUGUCUGGAAAAGAUUCACUUUGCCAUAAUUACUAGUAACGCGAUAUAUUACAACAUAAUGUUAGAAAAUCGAAGAUAAUGAGCGCCUACCAUAAAUUAUGUGAAAAGGGCACAGAAAUCACUUUAUUAAUGAGUCAAACGUAAUUGUAACAGCCCGGAGAGAUAUAAUUUCCUGGAAAUACAUGAGAUACUUAAUGAAGGAGAAAUUAUUGAAAAACUUGGUUAUCGUUUAAUGAAAAAAAUGCAUUUGUAGAAAGUAUUAAAAGAUCGGGUACAAAACGAAGCAUUCGGAAUUAAACGACACAGACUGAGCAUUUCUUACUUAACUUAAAUGAGAAGGCAUUUUCCAGUGAGACUUCUGAGAUUUUUUUCAAUAGACAAUGGUAAUUGAGAAAGAAAGUAGUACGCUGGACGUCUAAUGAAAUUUUCCCCUAUUUUGAUUAUUAUCAAGAAGAACAGCACAGAAUUGUGCGCUAUAGGAUUAAUUUGAUUCACUCGAUAAAAGCUGCCUCGGUGAAUUUCCUAUAUUUCCAUUUGUAUGAAACAAAAGACCGUACAAAGAAAGAAAUAAAGAAAGCAGAAAAAUAUGUA